AUGCAAACGCACCGACGCCAGCGUCUCAGUGAUGCUGGUUUCAAAGUUGAGCUUUGGAAACCGUUGUACUUGCGAAUCGUGGGCGUCGCGAUUUUCAUCUUCGGCUUUAGCCUGUCUGGACAAAAUCUCUUCCUCAGCAAAUAUUAUGUCCUGCCCCCAGAUGGACUAGCACUUGACAAUUCUGAUCUUUUACCGUAUGUGCAAGUCUCAAUAAUCGCUAUGAAUCGUCUCAGUCACACUUAUCCAUUUGUGUCAUUAGCGUUGAAUAUCGGGAUCUUUUCUAGAUUGAUUUACAUGAGAAUGAAAGGAAGAAAUGUUGGUACCGGGAAAUCGAUCGAGAUCAAUCUUUUGAUUAUUUGCUUAGCGGGUCUCUUUGUUCAAUUUGCGCUCAUGAUUUUUGUGGACUACUCGAGCUACUUCUUUCCCGAUCCAGUGCUCGGCUCACUGAUGUCAUUCACGAUGGAACUCCAAUUCGUUAUCUAUUGCCUUUAUGGAAUCCCGUCAGCCAUUCUCAAUUUCAUGUUGAUCAUCUGCAUUUGGAAGAGCAAAACAUUGCUGAAAAGUUCUUUUUAUCGAGUCUACUUGUUUGUGUUGCUUGUGUACAUGGUCACCUACAUCAACACAUAUCCAACAGUGAAAUUGCCCGAGCUAUCUGCACUUGGCAGUAUUUUAGCCGGAAUUGAGAGCUAUUUCCCGCCAUUUCGUGCCUGUUACAUGUUCCAACUUGGCGCCUUUCAUAUACAAAACUGUGCAUUGAUUCUCAUGCAUUUAAAUCGUUUAACGAGCGUCUGGAUGCCGAUCAUGCACAAUCAGUUAUGGAGAGCCCGGCACAUCAACAUUGCCGUUUUUCUCAUCAUCUUUAUCGGAAAUGCGAUCUGCUAUCAAAAUUUGAUCGUUUCCGUGCCAAUCUUUAUCACUUCCCCAAAUGGAUAUGCAAUAAGCAAUCCGGCCACGAAAUUGCAAACUAACUUUUCAUGGUUUACCAUCGUAAACAUGGCUCACGUGUAUCCAUUUUUAUCACUUGCCAUCAAUGCACUCAUUUUUGUGAAACUCAUUUGGUUGAGAGUGACGGGAACGAGGCUUGUCGUCGGUGCCACUGUCGAGUUGAACCUUUUCCUAAUUUGUGUUUGGAGUCUUCUCAUGCAAAUCGGUUUAAUGAUAUUUAUUGAUCAUGCCUAUGAUUUGUUCAAAGAUUACGCCACGAUCGGCUUUGCGCUCAACAUCGUUUCCGAUUUUUCGACUCUCAGUGAAGCUUAUGUUGGUCUUUUUCUCAAUUCAACAUUGAGGGGAAAAAUGCUUCGAAUGAUCAUCAAAUCGAGCAAUCUUGAUGCCCAAGGGAACCUCCUCUUCAAGGCUUCAUCAAGAAAAGAGAAAUCCACUCUAAAGUACAUUGACGAGUACAUUGACGAGUACAUUGACGAGUACAUCGAGUACAUCGAGUACAUUGACGAGUACAUCGAGUACAUUGACGAGUACAUUGACAAGUACAUUGACGAGUACAUUGACAAGUACAUCGAGUACAUCGAGUACAUUGACGAGUACAUCGAGUACAUUGACGAGUACAUUGAGUACAUCGAGUACAUUGACGAGUACAUCGAGUACAUUGACGAGUACAUUGACAAGUACAUUGACGAGUACAUUGACAAGUACAUCGAGCACGAGUACAUUGACGAGUACAUCGAGUACAUUGACGAGUACAUUGAGUACAUUGAGUACAUUGACGAGUACAUCGAGUACAUUGACGAGUACAUCGACGAG